AUUCUCAUGUGUGCCAUUUGUAAGCUACGACCAGACCACCACUGUAAUGGCCGGCAGGCUGGCUAGCUGGCUCAUCCCAAUGUUUUAUAUCCUCUGCACCAGGGAAGCACCACCCAUACCGAAGCCACUAUGAAACUCCAUCCCCUAGGUCUCUUCCUGCUCUCUUGCACUUGGCUGCUACUAUGUGCUGCCGCGCCGGUGACGGUGAGAGCAGGCAUCCGGCGUGAAGCGGAAGCGCUAGUGAAUUGGAAGGCUAGCUUGGUCAGUGCGGAUGACUCCCUUGGAUCAUGGUCGUUGGCCAACUCCACCAGCCUUUGCAAGUGGACGCACAUCACUUGCAACUCGGCUGGGCACAUGACAGAGCUCCUUCUUAUGCAGACAAGUUUGAACGGCACACUUGACAGGUUCGACUUCUCGGCUUUUCCCCACCUGAAGAGUCUCACCUUGUUCAGCAAUGGUCUAUAUGGUACAAUUCCAGCAGGGAUUGGCAACCUGACGAGCUUGGCCCAGUUGUAUAUCUUCAAUAAUACAUCUUUGAGGGGUGCAAUUCCGCACAGCAUUGGACAACUUAAGCACCUUUCUGAACUGUAUCUAUCACUCCUGGGGCUCGAUAGCAAUCUAUCUGAAGAGAUUGGUAACUUGACGACAUUGGAGGAGCUCCAUCUUCACUCGGUUACUUUGACCGGGUCAAUUCCACGAACAAUUGGGAAGCUGGUGAAGCUCCGCGAGCUCAGCAUGCAAAAGAACAAUCUGACAGGGAGCAUCCCACUUGAGAUUGGAAACAUCACACAACUAAACAACCUGCAAUUAUGGUAUAACUAUUUACAAGGGCAGCUACCAGGUACCAUCUCUAAUUUGGCGUCACUCCAGGAAUUGGUUCUGACAGGAAACCAGCUCGGAGGCCACAUCAUCUCUGAGUUUGGGAAUAGCAGCCUCCUGGAUACAGUUGAUAUUGAAAGGAACAACUUCUCCGGGCUGUUCCCGUCAUCCAUUUGCAUAGGAGGACGGCUGCGUAUUGUGAGUGCUAGGUCCAAUGGAUUCACGGGCAUUCACCACCACACCUUCCGAAACUGCACAUCCCUGAGGUAUGUUGACUUCACGGCAAACAACAUUGUUGCAGAUAUAAAGGACUGUGUUGGCGAGCAUCCAUGGCAGCUUAGCAUGAUGAGUUUGGGUCAAAAUCACUUGUAUGGCAGGCUACUGACAGAUGGGGGCAAGGUAUUCAUUUGUAACUCUACUUAUUUAACCUUCCUAGACCUAUCAAACAAUUUGUUAGAUGGAGGUCUCCCCAAGUGUUUGUGGGACAUGCCAAGUUUGGGAUACAUGGAUCUUUCCAGCAAUUCUUUCAGUGGUGUAGUUCCCUCUUGGAAGACUUGCGAAGAUAAUCUUAUCUGUUUACGCCUAGCCAAUAACCAUUUGAAAGGAACCUUUCCUUUGGGUCUUAGGAAAUGCAAAAACCUUAUCAGUCUAGAUCUUGGAGGCAAUAAUUUCUCAGGUAGAAUACCUUCUUGGAUAAGCAAGAGCUUGCCAAAUCUCAUUGUUCUUCGAUUGUCAUCAAAUAUGUUUGGUGGAAUCAUACCCCACCAGAUAUUAAAAUUCCAGCAACUCCAUGUAUUGGACUUGUCAAAAAACAACCUCAGUGGACCCAUUCCAGACAAUUUUACCAAUUUUACUGGCAUGGUACAUAAUGCAGAAGACAUUGUCUCGGACAAUAAUCUAAGAUUUGAGAUAAUUAGUGGGCAGACUCAAAUAGUUUGGAAAGGUGCGGAUCAUGGUUUCCCAAUCCUAAUGGUAGGUAUUGUGGGUAUCGACUUAUCUGGCAACUCUCUGUCACAAGAGAUUCCAAAGGGGCUCACAACCCUUCUUGGACUGAGGUAUCUGAACUUAUCAGGAAAUCAUUUGUUGGGCUGCAUUCCCGAAGACAUUGGCAAUCUAGUACUGCUGGAAUCCUUGGACCUUUCUCUGAACCGACUCUCGGGAGAAAUUCCUCCAAGCUUUGCAGGUUUGAAGAGCAUAACCGCUCUGAACCUCUCGAGUAACAAUUUAUCGGGGUUGAUACCUAUGAGCGAUCAGCUGCGAACGCUCCCAGAUCCAUCCAUAUACAGCAACAAUCCAGGGUUAUGUGGUUUCCCCUUGGAGGGCUGUGUAGACUCGCCGACAUCGACGCAAAGCGGAAUGAGCCAGGCUGAAGACAACAGGGAGGCAUUGUGGCUGUAUUGCUUUGUGGCUGCUGGGUUCAUCUUUGGGUUCUGGCUGUACUGCGGCAUGUUCUGGUUUUACAGCGAGACCUGGAGGUGUGCAUUCUAUCAGUAUGUGGACAACAUGCAAGGGAAGGUAACCAAGAAGAUGUAUAGCUGCAUGUCAUACUUCCAGGCCAAGGUCCAUGGAUGA